AUGUCUGACGAUCAAUGUGACACGGAGAGCUUUGAAGAUCUCGAACCAGAGCCAUCCUACCGAAGAGGACGUAGGAAGCCGAAAACAUCUCGUUCUUGUCGGGCGGGGUUGAUAUUCCCCGUCAGCCGCAUCGACCGUUUCCUUCGGAAAGGCGAUUACGCCGAGCGCAUGGGCUCGGGAGCCUCCGUCUACAUGACCGCCGUGCUUCAGUACUUGACCUACGACCUGGUGGACAUUGCCGGGAACAUCGCGAUGGGGGACGGACGGCGUCGAAUCGCUCCCGGACAUUUGCGCCAGGCGGUCAGCAACGAUUCGGAGCUCCAGUCUGUCUUUGGGGGCGUCCUGACCGAGGAGACGACCUGUCCGAGGAACUCGCCCGCUACGUCUUCCAGAAAGGGGAAGAAAUCCAGCAAGGGCCUACGAGCUCCGAAGGCCAUUGUGGCGUAA